CCUCACCGCAAGAAAAAAAAAAAAGCAAGAUAUCUAUAACAACAUUAAUCUCACACAACACAACACACACAGCACAAAGCUAAAGCAGAAGAGAGCGAGGAAGCCAGCGAGCCCUAUUCUCUGUCUGGAUUUGAUUUUGAUCUUUUUUCCCACCAAUCACAGACCCCACAUUACACAAGUUCUCUCAAUGCCAGCUUCACCUUCCUUUCAUUCAGUUCCAGAUAGUCGAAAAUGGAAGAGGCGAAAGCGGGAGCUGAGAAAACCCAAACACGAAGACGACGACGUAGACGACGAAGACGAAGAACAAGACAACAACAACAACAACAACAACAACGACAACGAAACGGACAAUCACGUUAAUAAUUGUAAUGGGAAUAUGGACAACGGCGACGACAUACAGCACGCCUCCACGGCACCAGAUCCGGUGGGGAACGACAACGAGGUCUUGAUUGACGGUGGCACGCGCAUCUGCGACUUUCCUCGUGUGGUUCGGCUAAGGGUGAACCGGCCACACGCGUCUGUGAUGAACCUUGUGGCGACUGAGAGGGCGAAUUUGGUCGGGGAGAGUAGUGGGAGGAGUUCGGUGAUGGUGUUGGAGAAUAUUUCGUACGGGCAGCUGCAGGCUUUGUCGGCUGUGCCUGCCGAUUGCGCGGCGUUGGAUCCGGAGAGGGGUGAUGGCGGGAAUUUGGCGUCGUGUGUGAUUACUCCUCCGCAAAUUAUGGAAGGAAAGGGGGUUGUGAAGAGGUUUGGAAAUAGAGUUCACGUUGUUCCUAUGCAUUCAGAUUGGUUUUCUCCUGCCACAGUAAAUCGACUGGAGAGACAAGUGGUGCCACAUUUUUUCUCUGGAAAGUCACCAGAACAUACACCAGAGAAAUACAUGGAAUGUAGGAACUAUAUUGUUGCCAAGUACAUGGAUAAUCCAGAGAAGAGGCUUGUGGUUUCUGAUUGCCAGGAUUUGGUAGAAGGUAUUAACAAUGAAGAUCUAAAUCGAAUUUUUCGGUUCCUUAAUCACUGGGGGAUCAUUAAUUACUGUGCUGCUGCACCAAGUCCUGAGCCUUGGAAUACUGGGUCCUAUUUGAGGGAGGAUUUUAGUGGGGAGGUUCAUGUGCCAUCAGCCACUUUAAAGUCCAUUGACAGUUUGAUCAAAUUCGACAAGCCUAAGUGUAGAGUCAAGGCAGCUGAAGUAUAUUCAUCAUCAUCAUGUCAUGAUGAUGAUUUCUUGGACUUGGACAACAGAAUUCGAGAGCGUUUAUCGGAAAAUAAUUGCAAUUAUUGUUUUCAACAAAUUCCAGAUGUGUACUUUCAGUCACAGAAGGAGGCUGAUGUUCUUCUAUGCUCUGAUUGUUUCCAUGAGGGGAGAUUUGUUAUUGGUCAUUCAAGCCUAGAUUUUAUUAGGGUGGAUCCUACAAAAGAUUAUGGUGAUAUGGAUGGAGAAACUUGGAGCGAUCAAGAAACAUUUUUGCUGCUUGAGGGUAUAGAAAUCUACAAUGAUAAUUGGAAUGAAAUUGCGGAGCACGUUGGCACCAAGUCAAAAGCACAAUGCAUCCUGCAUUUUGUCCGUCUACCCAUGGAGGAUGGUGUACUAGAAAGUAUUGAGGUUCCCAACUCGUCGAAGCCAUCUGAUUCGUCAAGUAGAGAUGAUCGUGGAAGAUUACAUUCAACUUUAAAUGGUGAUCUACCAGGAUCAUGCCUUCAAGAAGCUGAUACAGAAAGUCAACUUCCAUUUUCAAAUUCUGGGAAUCCGGUUAUGGCCUUGGUUGCUUUUUUGGCCUCUGCUGUUGGACCUAGAGUUGCUGCAGCUUGUGCCCAUGCAGCCUUGGUAACAAUGUCUGAACAGAUGGAAGGAUCAGGACAUAGCAACAGAAUGAACGCAGAAAGUGUACGCAGGGAAGGUGGUUUUCAUGGUGAUAAUGCAAAUUCAACACAGCAAAAAGAAGAGAACUUGACCCAUGGUUCGUGGGGUCAAAAUGGGGCGGAGGUUUCUCCAUUAGCUGCAGAUAAAGUGAAAAUGGGUGCAAAAGCUGGUCUUUCUGCUGCAGCAACAAAGGCAAAACUAUUUGCAGAUCAUGAAGAGCGAGAAAUUCAAAGGCUUUCUGCUAAUAUAAUAAAUCAUCAGUUGAAGAGAUUGGAGUUGAAGUUGAAACAGUUUGCAGAAGUGGAAACCUUGCUAAUGAGAGAGUGUGAACAAGUUGAGAAGACAAGACAGAGGUUUGCUGCAGAUCGGGCCCGUGUUGUAUUGGCUCGAUUUGGGACUGCUGGAGUCCCAUCACAGAUGAACAUGCCUAGUGUUGCUCCUUCCAUGGUUAACAGCAUGGGUGACAAUCGACAAGAAGUAAUGUCAGCCUCAUCUUCACAGCCAAGUAUUUUAGGUUAUGGCGGCAAACCCAACCAACCAGUUCAUCCCCACAUGCAGUUUAGGCCGCAGCAGUCUAUGUUUCCAAUGGGGCAGAGGAUGCCCAUAACAACAUUACAAGCAUCAUCUUCUGUACCUUCAAAUGUGAUGUUCAGCAACUCAGGAAAUGCCCAGCCUGCUAUGAAUCAUCCAAUGCUGAGGUCCGUAUCAGGGACUAGUUCAGGCCUUGGAUGACAGAAACUACUUAUAUAUACUUGGAGUCGUGUUCUAUCCUUGAAUUGUAUUCGGUCCUCGGUUGCUUACUUCCUCUGCCGGUAGAACAGGAGAUAAGAGUUGGGAGAUCGCAUCUGUAAGUGCUUACCUUUGAUUAGUACAGAAAUUUCUAUGGGCAGUUCAUAAGGUCUUGUAACGGCACACAAUUAAUUAGUGUUUGGAUCUGAUAUUGAAUUUUUACAAUUGAUAAAUGGAAAGUUAUCUUUUGUAAAAUGGUAGUGUAGAAUGUGAAAUAAUAAAUUAUGGUAUUGGAUGUA